AUGUCAGACACGCCAGUUCAGAGCAAGGAUUUUAACGCGUGUCAGGUUCAGGGUUGCCAUUGUCGGCAGGAGCCUCGUUCCUCUCAGUUCAGUGAAGUCCUUCAUGUUUACAACUGGAGCGUUUCAUACGCUCCCGACCCGCAAAACGUCCGCUGGGAGCACCUGUCACUAGGGGGGAUCUCCUGGUGGAUCCGCUGCUUCAUCAUCAACUGCAUCCUUUUCAUCCUGCUCUUCUUCCUCACCACACCCGCCAUCAUCAUCUCCACCAUGGACAAGUUCAACGUCACCAAGCCUGUGGAGUAUCUUAACAAUCCCAUCGUGACUCAGUUCUUCCCGACUCUGCUGCUCUGGGCUUUCUCUGCUCUGCUGCCCACCAUCGUCUACUACUCUGCCUUCUUUGAGGCUCACUGGACCAGGUACCUUCCUCUUCCGUCCUCUUCACUAGUGCUGCUGUAAUAACAACACAAACAUUCAGAUGUAUGAGCUCAGUUAUUCCUCACGUCUACAUACGUAUGUGUUUGGUCAGGAAAGGGGCCCCCUGGUGGUCAGUAUGAGGAAAUCAUUAACCCUU